AUGGAAGGACUUAAGUUUGUAGCAGUUUUUGUCCUUUUGGCGCUGGCUUCUUCACUUGCCUCUGCCUUUGACCCUAGUCCACUUCAGGACUUCUGCGUAGCCAUCAAUGAAACAGAUGGUGUGUUUGUGAAUGGGAAAUUCUGCAAAGACCCAAAGCUUGUCACUGAAAAGGAUUUCUUCUAUUCUGGACUCAACAUUCCACAAAACACUUCCAAUCCAGUUGGCUCAACUGUCACUCCUGUGAAUGUUGCUCAAAUUCCAGGACUCAACACUCUCGGCAUAUCCUUGGCUCGCAUUGAUUACGCGCCGUAUGGAGGCUUAAACCCACCCCACACCCACCCUCGUGGCACGGAGAUCCUAGUAGUUCUGGAGGGAACUCUCUAUGUUGGCUUCGUCACUUCCAACCCAGAGAAUCGCCUAUUCACAAAAGUCCUGAAUACAGGAGAUGUUUUUGUGUUCCCAAUUGGACUCAUUCACUUCCAAUUCAAUGUGGGAAAAACUAACGCAGUUGCCUUUUCCGGUUUAAGCAGCCAGAACCCUGGUGUGAUUACCAUUGCAAACGCAGUCUUUGGAUCAGAACCGCCUAUUAAUCCUGAUGUUCUCGCCAAGGCCUUCCAACUGGACAAGAAUGUCGUUAGCUAUCUUCAGAAGCAAUUCUGGUGGGACAACAAUUAG